AAACGGGCAAGAGGCAAGGCAACCGGUUAACUAGACAACUGCAGUCGUGUGUGUAUUUCCAAAUUCUCCCCAAUACUGCCGCAGAAUUACACUUUUGCCCAAAGUCUCUUCUUCUUCAGUGGCCAGAAGCCAUUGAGCUCUCUACUGUAAAAACCACGCGAACUAAACAGAAACCAAAAUCCUCAAACAAAAUGGAAUCAUUGGAGACCGCUGCCCAAUAUGAUGCUUCAUGGAGCUUGGCAACGAACUGGACCGUCGCCAGUGGCUCUCUCGAAAACUCCGUCACCUUCGAGUCCUCUCUUUCUCUUAUCGACGAGGAGGAUGAUAAUCUCGAUCAAUCCUUCCCUGUGAGUUCGACCUGCAAGUCCUCUCUCAUACUUUGUCCUCCCUCACCUGAUUCCAAUUCCUGCGAGAUCACAAUUACUUUUGCUCAAAAACAUGAGUUGCGGCAGGUUUAUGUUCGAAGUACUUCUCGAGUUUAUGAAAUAUAUUAUGCCCAUGAGUUGCAGAGUAGCAGCGAGUAUUUGUGUACUGUUCGCUGUGGCAUUGCAGUUAGAGAUGAAGAAGUGCUGCGUACAACUGGUAUUGAAGAAGUUGUUUUGGCACAUCAGAAGGGCUCUACCAAAGAACUAGCUGAAGAAAGACUCAGAAAUGGUAGUAACUUAACCACCAAUGAUGAUGACUGGGUUGAAGUGAAAGUUCUUGAUACUCAGCUAGUCAACAGGAACAUUUCUCUAUUGUUAAAUUAUGAUACAAACCAAGGGAGAAGCUCUCAGCUGCAGGAUUUGUAUGAGGCGACAGCAGAUAUUACUGAUACAAGCCCUUGCACAUCCAUUACGCUGAGGCUACUUUCACUUCAGAAUAAAGCCUGUGUUUGUAUUGAUGAAGUCUAUGUGUUUGCUGAUCCUGUUGAUGCAGCUAAUUUGGAUAAUAAAGCGGGUCCAGUAGAAAACUCUGCUGGAACUUCACUUAUGGCCAUGCUUAUGCCUACCCUCUUGCAGUUAUCUAAAACAAAGGGUGUUGGCCGAGCAGAAGAUAAAUAUGGUUCUGAUAGAAUGAAUGGGCAGAAGUCAGACAAAAUUGAGGCAAAACAAACCAUUCCAAUUGAUACUGGAAAUGAAAUUCAGCAGGAAGGGAAAUCUGAUUCAAUUUAUCACCAGGGUGUGCAAGUGCAAGAAGCAGUUUUGCCUAUUGCCAAACCAGUCCAGCUGGAGAUUCCUGAACAAUUUUCAGAUACAGAGAGCGAGCACGAACUAUCAAAUAAUCAUAUUGAAGGUGUUUUGAACCAGCUUCUUUCUCGAGUUAACAGCAUAGAAGAUCUACUUUUGAGGUUUGAGGAUUGUAUGCUGAAGCCCAUAAGAAGCAUUGAUGAGAGGCUCCAAAGAGUAGAGCAGCAACUUGAAGGACUCACGAAGAAAACCCAGAGUUCUGGAUCGCUUUCUUGCGCAAGAACAUCUGCCCCUGAAUUUUCAUGCAGUGAAUCAGAGACCAAUUCCCUCUAUAAUAGUGGUUGUGUGGAUCUUAGUUAUGCAGCUUGUGAUGCCAAUAAGAAGGAUUCACUUCCAGCUGUGUCAUCUGUUCUCUCUGAUGCCACAUCUGUUUCAGUGAAUACUUCGAAAUCACAUCCUAGUCUUAUAGUUACUGCUCCAGAUUUUUCAAAUUGUGAUGAUGAGGAAGAAGGUGAUGCAGUGCAACCAGUGAUGGAGUCUCCAAAGGAGAAACAAAAGCAUGUUAUGUCAAUUGAUGAUGCUUUAGCAUCUGCACUUGCUGGGCUCGUAUCUUCGACUUCAAUCCAGUCCCCAAGUUAUUCAAAAACUAUAGCAGUUAAAGCUCCUGAGUUUCCAAAUGAAGGUGAAAAUAGCCACAGCAAAACAGCUUCACCAAAAGGUUAUUGUGAAAUAAUAACAGAACCUCCCACUGAUUUCAGUGAACAUAAUGGGACAGACCUCCCAAGGAGUUCAUCUUCAUCUCUAUCCAAUAUUUCUUCUGUAGAAAGCUCUGAGAAUGCGAUAGCGUAUCCUAACAAUAUGUACUGUUUGAAAACAGACACAGUAGUUGAUGAACACUCACAGGAUAGUGAGGGGGAGGGAGGUGAUACCCAGGGCAUUUGUAUUGACUGCAUGGUACCAGCUGCCAAUGACAUGGCAAGGACUGGUCCUUAUCAGAGAAUUGAUGAUAUGCAAUAUGGGAAAGUUGGCAAUGGAACAAGUGACAUUUCAACUCUGGAGAAAACUGAUAGUUUGGAACAAUUUUCUGGAAAUCAAACUGACAAUGGCUCUGAUAAUACCAAUGAAGUUGCUGUUUCAAAUGAAUUGACCACUUGUAUAGAAGUUAUAGAUGAAGGGUCUAGCCUAGGCAUUCUGCAGGAUGUUGUUGAAUUUUCACGGACUGCUUCUAAAGUGGAUUUUGAAACUCCAAUUCUAGAAGUGAAGUUCACUUCUCAGGAAAACGUGAACCUCAAGUCUCCCCUUGAGGCCCUUUUGGCUGGCAUGCCAGAUUUGAAUACUGAAGUUAAAUCAGCGGAGGAAAGUGGUGAGGAUGAUUCUCAAAUUGACGAUCAAUACUUAAUUUCGGUGGAUGAUUGGGGAGUGAUGGGUUCUGCAACUGAUAACCAUUUAUCCAUAGAUAAGGACUAUUACAAUCUCACUCUCUUACCUUUGCAUGCAGAAGAUACAACAUAUUUGAUAUGAAAAAUGGGCAGCAGCUAUUAUUCUGUAGAUAUUUAGCUGUACAUAAUCUGGUUUAGAUGAGUAGAAUUUGUUUGUUCACCUCCUUUACAUUUAUUCUUUGUUGAUCUCUUGUUCAAUGGCUUCAUAUGGAAAAAAUUUACAGGAAGGAACUAUUGACAUUUAA